UCCCACGCAGCGCAUCGAAAGCAAAAGCUCCCAAGUCCCAACACCCUCGCGUGAAAUCGGCGAUCGAGUGUCGAGUAUCGACUGUCGACUGAAUAUUGCAGUGCAGACGCGGGGGCGCGCACUCCUUCGCCGACCGUGAGAGUGAACGCACGUUAAUACGUUUGUGACACGAAUAUUAGUGAUGGUGCUCGCCGAUUUUUUGACAGAAACCAGGCGGAAGUGGCUGCAGGCCUUCAAACUAUUCAAAAGCAAGAACAAAAAGGCGCGAAACCGCGUAUCACCGGACUCGACUGCUUCCCAAUCUUGCAACGGAACCGUCGACGGUCGCACCGACAUUGACGUCAACAUCUGCUACCGCACCUCCCUCCCUCCCACCCUCGCCACCGACGACACCAGGUCCUUCUACAGCGGCUACCACAGCUAUAGCAGCCACCAAGAGAGCCUCCGCAGUUACGGCAGAUCGGUCUCGCAUUCCGACUCCGCGUACGACUCUAUACAAAACAGCCCAGUUCAAACCAGGCCGGUAAUGUACGCCACACCCACCUAUUUGAACGUCAACGAUUCAGAGGACAGUUCAAGCAUACACACGGAGUACACGCUUCUCGAUUACGACCUGGACAGUGAAGACGAGAGCACACAAAACAUGAUCAACGAAAGCAUCGAAUUAGUCAGCACCUUAUGAAUCUCUGUGCGGGAGCUGUGAGUAUGAAUAAUUCCAGUUAGACUUACAUUUAAUUGAUAAAGCGUUCAAAAAUAUCAUGCUGCGCCAUGGACUACGUUAUUUCCCAAUUAAUUGUACUCAAUGAUUAUAUCACUGGAAUUUAGUUACGUGACUCCCUGUGUAUUGUUUUAGCUUAAGCUAAUUAUUAAAGUAUUACAGGAAAUAUAUACGAAAUUAAUAAUGCGGUUUUGAAUGGAAUGUGAGACAUCACGUUCCCGUUGUGUGUCGGGGUGUCCAAUUAGCCUACAGUACGCAAAUGUACUAAAUAAAAUAUUAUAAUUAAUCGAAACUGAAGACUGCAACUUUGAAAUUUCAAUACACGAAUAUAUUUCACUAUUUUUUGGACAACGUAACAAACUUAUCCACUCAAUGUUAGAUAACGUCAAUAAUAUGGAAAAAUAUUUGAAACCCAUCGUUAGCCAAGUAAAUGCGUAAUAAAAUUAUCAAUUUAUUUGAUUCAAUAGCUAUUCAUGAAUGCUCGAAUGAGGAUGAAAUACGGAAUAACAAAUAAAUGAUCGCAACGGCAACUUGAAAACGAAAUUAUUUUAUGUGGAAAAUAUUGUAAAUAUAUCUUAUAAGCUCUGAAGUUUACACAUGAAAUUCUGACUUAUGUUAUAGGUGCGUACACAAGAAAUAUAUGAAAAAAAUAUUUCAAAAUGGCCAUGAAUGUGCGUAAGUUAUACAUGCAAUCAUAACUGCAAUAAUUGAAAAUAUGAUUCAAAAUGAAAUAGUUGUUGCAUUAUAUUACUUAAAUAAUAAUAUAUUACACGAUGUGUGAAAUGAAUUUAUGAAAUUAUCAUAUUUAUGAACGAAUUCUUAUUCUAGCUAUAGAUCGGACAAUUUGAUCGAUCAUUGUAAUACAGUUAGGUUAUAAUAAUGGACCUAGCCUAUAUUUUUCACUCGCAUGGUUUCAUAUAAAAUGGAGACACUACGAGUUAAAAAUGUAUGCAUAUUGUAAAAUAUCUAAAUGAUAAUAAUGACUGCGGUUUGUAAUUUGUUUCUUAUGAAGAGCCUGUUUAAUUCCCACAUAAUGAAAAUAACAAUGAACUGGAAUACAAAACAUUUUAUAUGUACCAAAGUUAUUGUGAUACCAUUUCUUAAUUAUAAGGAAUAUAAUCACAAUGAAUGUACUUUAUGUGCAAUGAUCUCAAUUUUAGUUAUAAGUUACUUUUAAUACAUUAUGAAUAAACAUAU